UAAAAGAUGGCGGCACACAUGUCAAGGCGAAUGUUUAUUGAAUAAUAUCGACAAUAAUUAUAUUUUCUCUUUUAUGAGUCGCUACAGUGGAUGAUCAAGUAUAGACUUAACUUUAUUAAUCAUAUAUAACCACAUACGGACUGACGAGAUGGCAGUGUUGGGUGAAUUAAGUCGAAAUGUGCGGCUAUUACUAGGUCAAAUUCAAAGGUGCCAGCUGAGUGGUUCUGCAAUCAACCAAUAUCUCAAAUCAGGUAAGAAAAUACUGAUCUCUGUUGAUGCCAAAUGUGUUAUGUGUAAAUCCUAAUGUAUAUGCACAUUUAUUUUUGAUUAGUAUGUUCCUAAUGCUGCUCUAUUCUCCUCCGUACUCUUCUCUUUUUAAUCCCCCUCUUCUCUCUCGCGCUCUCUACAGUCCGUUGUAUGAGCCAGGCGCCGCCCCAACACGAGCCCACUGUAGAUGAUAUUGAAGCCGUGAACCCGACGUUCAUGAACAGAAACCCGCGGAACCUGGAGCAGAUGGCUUUAGCGGUGAAGGACAGGGGCUGGAGAACAACCUGGCCCUCUCAAAAGUUCUACCAUAGGUGUGUCUACCUCUGUGCCCUUUCAUACUUGGACAGAUUUACACUUACUUUUAUAACCGCUCUUGCCUUUUCCCCUCUUCUCUACCUCUGUCAUCUCUUCACACCCUCAUCCCUUGCUUCUCCACCUCUCCCCUUCAGGUUGGUGUUCUCGCGGUCCCAGCACCACGUGACAGCGGAGGUGUUUGCCAACGGUGAUCCAGUCCCUGUGCUGUCGUGUUCCACCAAAGAGUGGACCCUGAAGCGUGAGCUUGGUUCCACCCGUUGUGUGGCAGCCAGCCAGGUUGUGGGCGAGGUGCUGGCACAGAGGUGUCGUCAGACUGGCAUCAUUAGGAUGGUGUACAGACACAUCCCCUGGCAAUACCGCUCUGACGCUGUAAGUACAGGCAAGAGGUCGGGCGGAUGUGAGACGUUCCACGUUACAGUAGUCCUGACGCAGUACAUACAGAGACAGGAUACAAUUUUGUCCAAAGGACUGGCAUCAAUUCAUCCAUGUGUGUAUGUGACGACAGGCUUCAUGUUGUUUGGCGUGUGUUUGUCGAGGUUGUGUUUAGGGAGAUACAGAUGUUAAUCAACAUUUUUUUUUCAGGUUCAGUCGUUUUGGACAGCGAUGAAAGAGGGAGGAGUCACUCUCAGUGAACCACAACAGAAAUUCAUCGGGACCUGACUUUAGGGGCCAAAAGUUUCCAUUCUACUAGUAUUAUAAAAACACUAAAAUAACUGUAAAGGCUCAUAUAUCCAAUCCAACAAAAUAUUCUCCCUUGUU